AAUAAAUAUUUCCGAACAAAUAUUUUUUUAAUAUGACGUCUAGUGUAGCAAAACUUUCUGUGCAUAUCGAAACUAGGCACAUUAAAACAUUAUGAUUUAUAGUAUCAAUAAAAACCAGGCCAAACAAUCUAAAUGAAUAUAUAUUUGUCAAAAAGAUAGGAUUGCAAAAAAGAAGAAAAAAUCAGAGCACGCAAUUCGAAAGUUGUAUCGCAAGCAAAAACUUCAAGAGCUCAGCUGUAUUGACAAAAUGACUCAAAUCGCUUUGAACACAAGUGAAUUUCUUAGAAGCAGUAAUAUGGAAGGCGAUUGUAAAAUUUACGCACACACAGGAAACAUAGCAAACUGGAAUAACUUAAAAACAAGACGAACAAACGACAUACCCGCUAAUGAAUUAUAUCAAAGUUUAUUGCGCGUUUUUGGAAAAUGGUCUGAAGUAAGUGGGCCUCUAGGCCAAGGAGAGAUCUACGUUAAUUGUUCAAAUGCAGAAAAAAUGGAUAUCAACGAAAGAGGUUUGCUUAAAGUUACUGCCAAGGUAUUUUUGCAUACGCUUAAAGUUGAUGCUUUAAGAGAAGCCGUCAACAUUACUCUGAUGCAGCUCGGUGUUAGUCAUUUAGAUAGUUUGUAUCUAGCCCUACCUCCGAUUGAUGAAAGUACGCCUUUUAAUGAAGCCAUUCUUCCCUUUUGGGAAGAAAUGGAACGCUUAAGAGAUGCAGGAAUCUCUACUCAGAUUUCCUCAUGUGAUCUCGACAAAGAGAAGCUCGAAUCACUUAUCCGCAUGGUUAGGAUUAAACCAGAAGUAAAUCAGGUCAAUUUAACAUCAUGUUGCCACAUGCCUGAAGAUCUGGUGGCUUAUGCUAAAGAAGCCAACGUAGUGUUGCAUACACAUGGAGACCAAUCAGUGAUGUUGCCGGAAGAAACAUUGGAUCAAUUAAUCCAUACAAUUCAACCCGCUGAUAAACGGCAAUACUCAACAGAGUACGUGGUUCGUUACGCUGUCGUGGUUAAAUGUAGAGGGGUAAUUAAAGGCAAAGGUUACAUAGCUGUUUUAAAUGGUAAAGAUCCACAAUAGAUCUUUCAAAAAAUAUUUAAUUUAGUAAAUUUUUACUUUUCAUGUAAAUUGAAAAUAUAAAUUAAAAAAUUUUUUAAAUAUGUAUUAAUAAUGAUGAUAAAUUUAAUGACUUAUUUAUAAAUAUUGUAUAUAUAUUAUAACUGUGAAUUUUUAAUUGAUGCUUAGUAGAA